CUUAAUAAUAUUGCUAUGUAAUUGUUAUGUAUUGUAAUUCAUGCCCUUUGCCUGGUGGCCCAGCAGGCGGCAGUGUAUCUGGCAGAGUACCCUUAGUCAGACUGAAACUUACCAUUCUCCCUACUUUUGGGCAGAACUGGGCUAGUGCCAUUUCUCACCAAGGGAGGGGAUGCAGAAAGUUGGAUAAGGAGUUGAAUAAGAACUAUAUUGUGAGAGGGAAGCUGGUGUUCACUGGAUGUAUUUUAACGUUUGAAAAUAAAGACCAAAGUGGCUUGAAAUAAUUAUUACGUGCUGGAUUCCUUCCUUUUAUGUUGAAAACUGAGGUCGACCUGUACCUUUCCACGCACCAAGGGGUAGGAACAAAAGAUAUCCAGCCAGAGAGCCUGUAACAAUGUCUUCACUGCAACGCAUCUUCAUGUUGGUCUGCUUGCUAGUAAUCAUCUAUGUGGUACUAUAUAUUAGGAUUAACCUACGGAAGGGAGUGUAUUACAAAGUCAUCUUCUUGGCGAACUACAAUACCAGCGACGUAGCCCAAGAUACCAUCACACCUCUCAAAGGUAACAAAACGUUCAUCAUCGCCCCUUAUUACGACAACAGAGAAGAAAACCUGGUCCGAGUUUUAGGAAUCGUUCAUACAGAAGUUACAAACCUCUUCUGUUAUUUUUGUUGCUACGGGCAGAAACAUUUGACCUUAACUGAGGCAAUGAUCGAUAUCCACUCAGAUCGCUUUGGCUUUCCCUUCGGCUUAGCUGAUAUAAACUGUUAUGAGCCACCAGAAUGUCGAGCAACUCAUAUGUAUCUUGACUCGACUUCAGGUGGAGACGUUGCAACGCUGCCCAAGUUUGAAAUUCGAAAUCGUGAGCGACAGCCGUUUUCUGCAGAUUUCACGGUCUGCAUUUCCACCAUGCAUGGAAAUUACAGCAACGCUUUACAGUUCAUUCAGACCAUCGAGAUGUACAAAUUAUUAGGGGCGCAAAGGGUUACCAUCUAUGGUAAAGACUGCAGCCAGCAGGUAAAAAAAAUCUUGGACUAUUACAGCAAAGAAGGUACAGUGGAAGUCAUACCGUGGCCCAUUGAAAAAUACUUAAGGCCAUCUAGCAACUGGUAUCAUGAAGCCAGUGAUGACAAAGACAUUGGUUACUAUGGGCAACUCUCGACUCUGAAUGACUGCCUUUAUAGAAACAUGUACAAAAGUAAGUACGUUCUACUCAAUGACCUGGAUGAGAUCAUUUUACCGUUUGAGCACAUGACAUGGGACAGUAUGAUGGAAAAGCUUCAACGAGAAAACCCCAAUGUAGGAGUUUUCUUGUUUGAAAGCCAUAAUUUCCCUCAAACUGCAGUGACUGAUGGAAAUUUUCCAAAUGUUUCAUCAUGGAAAAACCUGCCAGGCUUCAACUUACUAAAUCAUGUCCACAGAGAACCGGACAGGUUCUUUGCAUUCAACCCUCGGAAGAUGAUUGUAGAUCCACGAAAAGUUAUCCAGACUUCAGUUCAUUACGUUUUAAAAAGUUUUGGGAAAUCACUAAAAGUUCCCCUACAGACUGCCCUUGUUCAUCACUGCAGGGGGCCUCAUCAACCAAACCUCAAAAGGUCAUUAUUAAUCAACGACAGGACAAUUUGGAAAUACAAUGUUUCAGUGAUUAGGAACGUUAACCGAGUGCUAAGCCUAAUAUCUUCACACACUGGAACACAACAACAUAUUUCUACUCAAGGUUAAAAAAAAAAAAUCUGUAAAUCCAUGGCACAUAGGAAUGACGGCCAGAAACAGGGGCCAGGUUUAUCGAAAAUUGGACCCUGGGUGGCAAGCAAAGGAUGCCCCCCCUUCUGCAAGUAUUAUUUUUGGAAGGUUAGGCCUUGUUCACACUGACAGUGUUUGGUCAGUGUUUUCCAUCAGCGACUGUCAGCCAAAACCAGGUUCAGGUCUAAACACAGAACUUGAUCUGUCUGUAGCCUCCACUCCUGGUUUUGGCUUGCAAUCACACAUGGAAAUCACUGACCAAAACACUGAUGUGUGAAUAAGGUCUAACUCUCAUUUUUUGAAAUAUACAGUACUAAUUUUGGGAGAAAUGAUUUCUAUGCUGGCUAAUUCUGAUUGAUAGAAAUGCUUAAUGUUUAAAAUGUAUUCCCGCAAAUAAAUGUAUUCAAAUUCUGUCCAUACAGAUUUAUUUGUGUACGUUUUCAAUUUAAAUUAAGCAUUUUUAUAUAAAAUAAUAUAUUUUGUUUACAAAGAAGAUUUUAUUAAGGUUUAAAAUGUGAAGGGGAAAGAACUUUCCUGAUAUGUUGAUUAUACUGGUCCAUCAAUCGCGAUCUGUGCCGAUAUACUGUAGAUCUGUUCCAGGGUUACAAAGUAGAGAAAUACUAAGAGAGACAGAGGACUCACACGUUACAACUAAGGUGGAUCUACUUAUUUCACAUAAAUGAAUGCAUCAUUGUCAUUGUCCCUCUGCCCACCAUCAUGAUAUUGUUUGCAGCUCUCAGCCAAACAGGAGUAUUAGAUGAUUGCAUAUGGGUAAAAUUCUACCAAAACCACUUUAUUUUGCGUAACAAUAGCUUUAAUUUCCCAAUAUAAGGAGUUACAACGUCAUGGUGCUAAAGACAAUGUUAACCCUAUGUUAAACUUUGCAUUGGAGGCCUAGGAGUUUCAAGCUCCUCCUCUUGCCAAAUACUUCUUCUAACAAACUUACCACAUAUUACUUGUAGAGAACAAAUUAGUACAAAUAGAUGCACACUAUAUCUCCCUAACAGUUGUGCUUUAGG